UCAUUGACGGUCAUGCAACGACUCGCCAAUACCAACGCAAAAAAGCAGAACGUGGACCACUUUGACUGUACCACUGAACAAGGAAGCAACAUGCGCUUAUAGACACAAAUAAUUUGGUUAGCAAUAGUGAAGUGAAAUUGUCAGCGACUAUUGUCAAUACUAGCCUAGUCUAUUUGUGGACUCUGUUAAGUCACCUGGGGUAGCUUACUAUUGUUAAGGAAAUGAAGAGGGAGGUGAAUGCAGCGGCAAACUUCCUGAAGCGGCUCGCUUUAGAGCGAGGCCGAGUGGACGAAGCGAAAGCCGAGCACUUCAGCGAGAAACUCCAAAAACUACUGUGCGAGAAAUACGCCGAACACUGGUACCCGGAGAACCCGAGCAAAGGCCAGGCCUACAGGUGCAUCAGGAUAAAUGCGGCAGCGCCCUGUGACGACUGCAUUGUGCGGGCCUGUGAGGACAGCGAGCUCCUACCGUCCCAGUUGCGCCUGCCCCGCGAGAUCACACUCUGGAUCGACCCCCUGGAGGUGUGCGUACGGUCUGGAGAGAACUGCCGAUAUUUCACUGUGGCCAGUUUCAACAAGAGUGAGGAGGAGGAGCAUGUGGAUAAGAGUGACCAAGAUGGCAGCGUGUCCCCCUCGGACCUCGCAAACCUGGAAACCUCAGAUUACCACUCGGCCAGCUCGUCCGACUGCGGGUCAGAGGCCUCCAGCGACGCCGAGGAAGAAGUGAGAGAUGGAGAGUUGGAGGGAAAGAAAGAGAAGGAGAAGAAGGAGAAAGCUGAGGAGAAGCCGUUUACUAUCACUAUGAGGCCCAGGACACGAGGACCACGCAAGGGCCCAAAAUCUCAGCAACAGCAGCACCAGCAGCACCCGCAGAAGCACCCGCAGAAGCACCAGCACCCGCAGCAGCAGCAGCAGAAGCAGCAAAUCCUAGGGCCGCAGUAUUUCUACCACCCAGCUCCCAUGUGGCCUCAGUAUAAAAAGAAGGGUCCUGUCUUCCUGACCACGGUGUGUGGGCCCCCACCGCCCCCCAUGGUAGGCUACUACCUGCUGCCCAAGCCCCCGCCCCAGUUCAUCGUGCCCCAUGCCACCCUUCAACCGUGGGGUGCAGUGAAGGGAUAAACACCCCCCAGGACCACCAGUCUUGCCACUCAGGACUGGUAUUUUCUUAAUUUCUUUUAUAUGAAUUCCACUGUAUAGUUGUUUUGAAAUGAAAUGAGUCAUAGUCAUAUCUGUUUUUGGGUCAACACAAUGCCUGUUUUUUUUUUUAGAAAAAAAGAAAAGAAAAAUGUCUUUAACCAAACACAAUAGCUUUUAAUAUGACGAUAUUUAUUUUUACACAUUUUAUUUCUUACCUUACACCUUUGGACUUGACUGAGGUUUGAUGGCCAGUUGGCAAAUUUCACACAUUUCAAAAUAGAUUCACGUUACGCAAUGUUUGUAUAAACCCCAUUGAUAUUUCCGUCGGAGAGGGCGACAUGACCGUAUAAAUGACCUCCAAUCUUGUUACCACAGACACUUACAGGUCACACAAGGGGCAAAUGUAUCAUGAAUUUCUUCAUUUUAAUGAAAGUUCAAUAUGUUAUGUGCCCUAUCCCAGAAUGGUGGAGAUUAUUAGGGAUGCGAUGAUAGGCAUCCAGUCUAUAUAUAGUGAAAAACAACAUUAUCUAUUCUAUGCAACCAAACAAGGAAUGUAGCUUGUUCUGUAGGGCUAUCCUUUAAACUAAAAAUCCUCUCUUAGUAGAAUCUGACAUUUGCAGUUGCAUACAGACCAAAGUAGAAUGGAUAAAUCGUGUCAGAGCGCCCCCCAGUGUCCUUUAUGAGUAGUACUAGAAACUGGGGGAAUGAUGGAACCUCGCCUUUUAGUGUUCCAAAGAAAAGUCUUUGCACUGGGUCUAGCAGAGGUCUAGGUCUAGCAGAGGUCUCGGGGAUACUCAGCAGUGCCAUAAGGGCAUUUUCCCCUCUACAAAAAUGUUCCCUCUUCAUUUGGAGUAUUUUUCCUCUAUAUGUAAGACAAAUUAACAUGCCUCUGCUUCAAUGCUUUAUGCAAAGGAUACAUUGGAUGUAAUGCAACAUGAAUACACCCUCGCGAGCACACAUGCAUGCAUGCGCACACACACACACACACACACACACACACGCACGCACAAUCUUUGUUUUUCUACUAUUAAAAAAAAUGUGAUUCCUGUCAAUGUGAUUACCUGCUGUCAGGAGAAUUAUCACUGUGAUUUAUAUUCAGAAUCUCUGUGGUCCAGGGCAUAAUUAACCAAUAUGCGCAAAACAACAACUGUAAAUAGGGAUGCUCGAUUAUUCUACAUGGCCUGUCUGAAAUUGAAUACGUACUGUGUCAUAGGCAUGCUUGGGUUUUUUUGUUUGUAUUUAAUCUAAUCUCGGUGGUGCUAUACACAGCUCAAAGCUAUCCUGCCUAAUCUAUUUAUGGCUCUUUUUUUAAUACAAAUGCAUGUGUCUUUGUUUGUUUUCCAAGUCACAAAAAGCUUUGUACAGUCUAUGUAACUGCUCGUAUUUCUCAUUGAGAAAUUGCAAAUCCCUUCAGAUCAGGGAUUUUUUUUGUAAUUUUCCUUGUAGGUUUUGUAAUACAGUCAGUGCUCGUGUUUGGAGCUGUGGCUUUCAUUAUGUUUCCUACAAACCCCUUCAUAAUGGAUCAUUUCAAGCGGG